GCAGCACCAGGUCCAAGAUGGCGGCCAGCAGGAGGCUGAUGAAGGAGCUUGAAGAGAUCCGCAAAUGUGGAAUGAAAAACUUCCGUAACAUCCAGGUUGAUGAAGCUAAUUUAUUGACUUGGCAAGGGCUUAUUGUUCCUGACAACCCUCCAUAUGACAAGGGAGCCUUCAGAAUCGAAAUCAACUUUCCAGCAGAGUACCCAUUCAAACCACCGAAGAUCACAUUUAAAACAAAGAUCUAUCACCCAAACAUUGAUGAAAAGGGGCAGGUCUGUCUGCCCGUAAUUAGUGCUGAAAACUGGAAGCCAGCAACCAAAACUGACCAAGUAAUCCAGUCCCUCAUAGCACUGGUGAACGACCCCCAGCCCGAGCACCCACUUCGGGCUGACCUAGCUGAAGAAUACUCUAAGGACCGUAAAAAAUUCUGUAAGAAUGCUGAAGAGUUUACAAAGAAAUAUGGGGAGAAGCGACCUGUGGACUAAAGUCUGCCACGGAUGAUUCCAGCCGACGUGAGCAGAGAGCCCGAGCAGCGCCCUCAGACACCCCGCAAAGCAGGACUCUGUGGAAAAUUGACACGUGCCACCGCUUGGCGUCCGCUCGUGGCAGUUACUAACUUUCUACAGUUUUCUUAAUCAAAAGCGGUCUAGGUAACCUGUAAAG